CCCGCAAGUCCGAGUUCGCCGAAAACGAAACCCUAGCAGCGGCCGCGAGUGCCUAUAUAUAACCUUCAUCUUCCUCGUUCAUUCCUCAAUUCGUCGGCCCCUCAAACCCUAAAUCUCUCGCCGUGGUGGGAGUCGAAGAUGGCGGUGCCUUUGUUGUUGAAGAAGAUCGUCAAGAAGCGGGUCAAGCAGUUCAAGAGGCCCCAGAGCGACCGCAAGAUCUCUGUCAAGACAAACUGGCGACGGCCCAAAGGUAUUGAUUCCCGGGUAAGAAGAAAGUUCAAGGGAUGUACUUUGAUGCCAAAUAUUGGUUAUGGAUCGGACAAAAGAACUCGCCAUUAUCUUCCCAAUGGUUUCAAGAAAUUUGUUGUGCACAACGCCAAGGAGCUUGAACUAUUAAUGAUGCAUAACAGGACGUACUGUGCGGAGAUUGCUCACAAUGUCUCCACAAGAAAGAGGAAGGAGAUCGUCGAACGAGCUGCACAGCUUGAUGUCGUGGUUACAAACAAGUUGGCUAGGUUGCGCAGCCAAGAGGACGAGUAAAUUUAGAGUCACGAAUAUUCAAUUUUUGUUUGGGGCUUUUUCCUUGGUCCCCCACUAGACUGCAAAGUGAUUUUUAUUUCUUUUUGCAUGUGACAAUGUAUCUGGAUAACGGAUUCCUAAUUGAUUACCAUUGGUAUAAGUAUGGCUUUCUUGAAAA